AUGGCGAUGAGGGCAAGGGAGCAAAGCAGCUCGAUACUGGCGAGGGCAAGAAGGCUUCUGCUGAGGCGGUGUCAUGAGUCUGUGAAUAAUGGCUUAGUAGCUCUAGGAAAGGUAGGAGACGGUGUCGUUUUACUUGGUGUUGUGUUCGUUACAUCUGGUAUCAGAGCCCUCGCUCUGGGUACUAUGGGUAAGAACAAGGUAGCUGGUGCAAAUCAGCUCGCAACAGGUUCUCAGAGUGGUGAUUUACCCACUUUGGAGACUGAGCUUCACAAUCACAAGGAGCACACUGCUGCGCAGAUCGGGGAGCUUCAGACCACUCUUAAUGUGUAUCAGGAGUCCUUGAAUGCUUUCCGUACUGAGAUGAUGGCUGAGUUUCGAGCCUUGAGGGAGUCUACAGUGGCACCAGUGCAACCGGUGAGCUCUACACCUCUCAGGCUUGGAUCUGCUCUCCCUGAAGGUGGAGCUACUGUUUUGGGGGCUUUGCAGGACUCUGCUGGUUCCACUCAUGCUAUGGCGAGCUCAGGGACUAGUUCACCGGGGGGUAACAGUUCUCAAAACCCACCUUUGGUCAAUACUAGUGUUGGGGAUGUUGAGCCAUUGUUGCAGUUUAACACUAGUCAGCCCAUUAUUACAAAUGAUUCUGGGGUGGUUAUGAAUACCCUUACAGUGACCAAGGUGACUACACCAAAACCAGUGUUGGAUAAGGGAAAGAGAGUCAGUUUGGAGAAAGGUCAAACGAGUGGAAGCAAGUCCCAAGUGAAUGGAUCGGCUAGACCACAUCCUAACCAGAUUUUUCAGAAUGCCAAUUUUGGAAACCAACCACCACCAUAUACACCAAAUUGUGCAAAUUUUUCACAAGAUUUUGUGCAAUCCCAAACCGCCAUGCCAAAUUUUGCUCAAAACCAGUUUGCCCCAAAUUUUCCUCAAACCAGUUUUGUCCAACCAUACACACAUACCAGUUUUGUCCAACCUUAUACACAAACCAGUUUUGCCCAUACCUAUACACCAGCUUCUUUUGGUACUCAUAUUCCACAGCCACAAACCAUACCAUAUCCAAAAUAUACCAUGGUUUCCACAACCACGGCUAGUCCAUACCAUAGUAACCAGAUGAGUGCUAAUACAUACCCAAAUAUGCAGCCUUAUGUAGCACAACAGUAUCAUCAGAAUCCAUAUGACCCCAGUUUACCCACAAUGAAACAGAUGAAGUUAGAAUGGAGUACUUUUGGAGGAGGAGAUCCGGUUGAGUGGCUGAAUAAAGCUGAACAGAUUUUUGCAUUCUACCAAAUCCCUGAGGACCGAAAGCUAACUCUUGCCACAUUGCACUUGACAGAGAAGGCCUCGGAUAGGUGGUUCAUGUUCAAACAUGAAUUCCCUAAUUCAUGGGCAGGGUUAGCAGAAUUACUUAUGAGAGAGUUUGGUAGUCAUCGAAGAGGGGAUUAUCAGACUGCUUUGGCUAGAAUGGAGCAAUCAGGCUCGGUUGAGAGCUACAUGGAAGAAUUCACCAAGCUAUCAAGGAGGUCUCAUGGUUUCUCUUCCCAGAAUCUGUUGUCAUUCUUCAUUGAAGGGUUGAAAGAAACCAUACAUUCUGAUGUGAGAGCUCUAAAACCAACUUCUUUAUAUGAGGCAUGUGAGCUGGCCAAGAUCUAUGAAGAGAAAGAGAUGAAAACAAGAGGUCAUUUUCAAGUUAUGACUCAGGCCAGACCACCAGUGGCACCUCUGAAACAAGCAUACAAUUACAACCACAAUGCCAACCUUCAGAAAGUUCAACAACCUGCAAGAUUGGCACAACCGCAAGGGGGUAUUAUGGGAGGCCUUAAUAAGAGAUUGACACAAGUUGAGUACCAAGAGAGAAGGGCGAGAAACCAGUGUUUUUUCUGUGAUGAAAUCUUUAGGCCUGGACAUAAUUGCAGGAAGGGUCAAGCUUUGAUGGUGAUUGAGGUGGUACAAGAAGAGGAUGAGGUUGAGGUGCCGGUGGAACAAAUGACGGCAGGGAUGGAAAUUGACCAGGGAGUGGAGUUGAAUGCUAUAGAAGGAGUUGAAUUGCAGCUACAUGCUGUGGGAGAUUGUAUCAAUAGUCAAACAAUGCAGCUAAAGGGUGAAUGUCACACACACCAGGUGCAUGUGUUGGUAGAUUCAGGAGCUUCCCAUAAUUUCAUCCAUCCAACAGUUGUCAAACGAGCCAAGGUGGUGAUUCAACCAAUCAAGCCACUUAGGGUGAGACUGGCCAGUGGUGAUGUCAUGGAGACAAAAGGGAUGGCGCAGGUAACAAUCAAACUCCAACAAUAUGCUCUUACUACUGCAUAUUACAUCCUACCUAUUUCAGGUUGUGAGGUAAUUCUAGGGGCUCAGUGGUUGAAAAGUCUUGGAGACAUAGUGUGGAAUUUUGAAACAAUGUGCAUGAAGUUUAUUCAGCAGGGUCAUCAAUAUUUGCUUCAGGGGGAAACUGAAUUGCAAGCUAGCAUGGUCAGUUGCAAAUCCAUGACUAGGCUGUUGCGAAAGGAGCGAGAAGUUAUGUUGAUUCAACUGAAUUCUGCACAUCAUGAGCCCCAAACACUAAAAACAACUGAAAUACACCCUCUGAUUAACCAAGUCUUACAGAAGUAUCCCCAAGUUUUUGACACCCCUAACCAGUUGCCACCAGCCAGAAAUCAAGACCACAAAAUCGAGUUACUUCCCAACACCCCUCCUGUGAAUGUGAGACCUUACAGAUACCCCCAUUUUCAAAAAACUGAAAUUGAAAAAAUCAUCCAAGAUUUGUUGGAGAAUGGAGUGAUAAGACCAAGUGUUAGCCCUUUUUCAUCCCCAGUUUUGUUGGUAAAAAAGAAAGAUGGUUCGUGGCGGUUAUGUGUAGACUACAGGGCUCUUAAUGCUGUCACUGUGAAGGACAAGUACCCAAUUCCGAUGGUAGAUGAGCUAAUCGAUGAGUUACAUGGGGCUGUGAUCUUUACUAAGCUGGACUUGAGGUCUGGUUAUUACCAAAUCAGGAUGCAUGGGGAGGCUGUGGCUAAGACUGCUUUUCGGACACAUUCAGGACAUUAUGAGUUUUUAGUGAUGCCCUUUGGACUCACUAAUGCCCCUUCAACAUUUCAGGCUGUUAUGAAUGAUGUUUUGAGACCUUGCUUGAGAAAAUGCACCCUUGUUUUUAUGGAUGACAUCCUGGUGUACAGUCCUUUUGUGGAAACUCAUGUGGAGCACUUAGAUUUGGUGUUAUCCAAAUUGCAGCAGCAUUCAUUGAAAGUGAAAGAAAGUAAGUGUGAGUUUGGGACAGACAAAGUAGAAUACUUGGGACAUGUGAUCAGUGCUGCCGGAGUGGCUGUAGAUCCGGUCAAGAUUGAGUGCAUCAAACUGUGGGAACAACCAAAAACUCUUAAGCAACUGAGGGGGUUUUUGGGAUUGGCUGGAUAUUAUAGAAAGUUUGUUAAGGGUUUUGGCAUUAUAGCUAAACCUCUCACUGACAUGCUUAAGAAAGGUGGAUUCAAGUGGACCCAGGCUGCAGUCAUAGCAUUUGAAGAACUGAAGGAGGCUCUAACAUCCACACCAGUGCUAGCAAUUCCAGAUUUUACAAAAGAAUUUGUUGUGGAAACUGAUGCUUCAGAUGUAGGCAUUGGAGCAGUAUUGUCCCAAGAAGGUCAUCCAAUUGCCUUCAUGAGCAAGGCAUUAGCUCAAAAACACUUGGCUCUAUCGGUUUACGACAAGGAGAUGUUGGCAGUGGUAUCAGCUGUACAACAGUGGAGGCCUUAUCUCCUGGGGCAUCAUUUCAAGAUUCUGACUGACCACAGAACCAUUGAGUACUUCUUAAAGCAGAAAAUCACUACACCAGCUCAACAAAAGUGGUUAAUCAAGUUAAUGGGAUAUGAUUAUACCAUUCAAUACAAAGCUGGAAAGAACAAUGCAGGUCCUGAUUCCUUAUCAAGAAGGCCUUCGCUGGCUGUGAUCAUGGGAAUAUCAAAACCUGUGCAGGAGUAUGUCAAUGAGUUAAAACAGGCAUGUCUCAACCAUGGAGAAACAGCCAUAAUUGUGAGAUUAUUGCAGCAAGGAGGGGAGAAGAAACACUACAAGCUGGUAAACUCUUUGCUCUACUACAAAGAUAGGAUCUUUGUGCCUCCAGUUGAUGAAUGGCGUAGUAAGGUGAUUGAGGAGCUACAUGGAGGGAAGUUGGGAGGUCAUGCUGGGAGAGCUAGGACAUACAAGAGGGUCACAAGAAAUUUCAGGUGGCCAGGGGUGCAGAAAAGUGUUAAGGAGUUUGUAGCUUUCUGUGAUGUGUGUCAACAACAACAUGCAGAAACAGUCAUGCCACCUGGGCUCUUGCAACCGGUAAGCAUACCUCCACAAGCGUGGCACACAAUCUCCAUGGAUUUCAUAGAAGCUUUGCCAAAGUCAGAAGGAAAAACAGUGAUCUGGGUCAUCAUUGACAAACUAACAAAGUAUGCUCACUUCAUUCCUUUGUCUCAUCCAUAUUCAGCUGCAACAUUGGUUAAGGUUUUUGUGCAAGAGGUAGCCAAACUGCAUGGAAUGCCAGUUAACAUCAUCUCUGAUAGAGAUCCCAUAUUCUUAAGUCUUUUUUGGCAAGCAUUCUUUGAGCUUCAAGGAACUCAGUUAAGCAGAUCUUCUGCUUACCACCCACAAUCAGAUGGCCAGACUGAGAACCUCAACAAGACCUUGGAACAGUACUUGAGAUGUGUUAUUGGGGAGAAACCCCACAGCUGGGUGUAA